CCAAUUCUAGUGUAGAAUCUUGUACUAUUAAGUUAAUAAAUUCAUUGUAAUUUUAUUUUCAACUGUACACAUUUGUUAUUUAAUCAUUAAUAAUUUAUUUUUUCCAUUAAUUUAAAUAUGUUUGGAUGUUUUAUUUUAACGUGUUUAAUUUAGUCUUGUUCACGACUGUUCUGAAUUCUUCAUGUGUAAACUUAUUUAAUAAUAAUAAAUCCUAUUUCCCCGAAGGAUUUUUAAAUUUUAAGAGGAAUCCAGGGAAAAAAGGCAAUUUAUCGCAAUUAAAUGAUGUUUGUAACUGUAAGAACAUAGAAGCCUUAGAAUCCUCCAAUUCUAGCCCUAAUAAAUCUAACACUUAUAAAAAUAAUGUAUCAAAAGAUUCCAAUGUUAACAAUAGUAAAAUAUCGAGAGUUGAACUUUUGCUUGGAUCAGCAGGUGUAAAACUUUUAAAUUGCUCAAAUGUGUUGGUGAUUGGCGCCAAUGACUUAGCAUCUAAAAUCAUAACACAUUUAAUAAGGUCUGGAGUGUCUUCAGUAACAGUUUGGGACGAAAAUAAGUCAGUAACAAAGUCAAUUUUAAAGCAAAUUCUACUUUUAAACCCUGAUGCGAAUGUUAAAAUCUUACGCACUGAUCUUCUUAAACACUUGUCAAGCUGUGAAUAUUCAGCUGUAAUAUUAUCAAACCAACCGAUUCUUACUGCCAUCAAGUUUAAUAAGUUAUUCCACAAAAAGUUAAACAUAGUUUACGCUUCAGUUUCAGGUUGUUAUGGUGUUGUUCUUAAUGAUUUCGGUGACCAUGAAGUUACCGUAACAUCAGAUGAAACUUAUCCUGAAGAAUCAGCAAGGAUUUUACACACUGGUGAUCAAUCCUGCCUUGAAAUAGAGACAACUGAUUUAUCUAAUGAAUCAUUAAAUAGAUCGCGAUAUAGUAAAAAUGACAUCAUUGAAGUUAGGUACAGGGAACCUGUUACUGAUAACACUAUUAACAAGUUUAAGAUAUUAAAUGUAGAUAAACAGAGUGAAGGUUCUGUAAAACUGUGGAUUGAUACCAGGAAUAAUAAAUUAAUAGGUCCAGUAGUAUCAAUUAGAAAAGUUGAUAAACCAGAACUAAUCAGGUUUAACACCUUUGAAUCAGUAGUGAAUUCACUGCUUACUGGAAAUAAAUUAGUAAAGUUCAUUAAAAAAAUGCUUACUAGUGAUUCAAUAGAGAAAUUGGUAAUUGGUCCGGAUAUUAACAUUAGUCUGAACAGUAAAUUAUUGACAGUGUUAUCCUCAUUCAUAGCGUUGAGUAGGACAAAUUCAUAUAAUCUACCACCAGAGUCUCAUUUAGAUUUGGAAAACUUUUACACAGUUACUAAACAAAUUUAUGAUGAGUCUGACUACAAGGUUGUUUCUAACUAUAACUGUUUAAAGAACUUUAAAAUCCCAGCAAUGAACUCACUAAUAGGUGCUCUGGCAGCUCAAGAGUGUAUUAAGUCGAUUACACACGCAUUUAAACCGUCGGAUUUAAUAUUAGUGGAUAGAAGUGAUAUUUUCAGUGACGAGUCAGGCCAAGUGGAUGCUGAGAACGUAAAGAAUUCAAUGGAGCAAGUGGCGAAAAUGUCAUUUCUGGUGGUGGGAGCAGGCGCUUUGGGGUGUGAUUAUCUUAAACUUUUGGCUGAAAUGGGAGUAUCAGAUGUCACGGUAUUUGACAAUGAUACAGUUGAUGUAUCAAAUUUGACUAGGCAGGUUUUGUUUACAAUAAAUGAUGUUGGGAAACCAAAAGCACAAGUAGCCCUUAGGAACCUGAAUUUACUUCAUAACACUAGUGGAUACAAGUAUUAUAACAAGUUAUUCACAGAAGAGAGUUUUGAGCUUGUUGAUAAGAAUAUUUUAAAGGGUAAUAAUUAUGUAGCAAUUUCAGCUGUGGAUAACAUUGAAGGUAGAGUAGCACUGGAUAACUUUUGCCUCCUACACAACGUACCAAUGAUAGAAGCCGGAAUUCAUGGAAUGAAAUGUAGUACCUCAUUUGUGGUACCGUAUGUUACAGAGUCAUUUGCAAGUUCAAUGGGAGAUGAAGCUGUAUCAGCAGAUAGAUACAGUUGUUCGGUAAAGGGAAUACCAUCAAACAUUGAAGAUUGCUUAUUUUACUCAAUUGAGUUAUUCUCCUGGAUCUUCAAUAUCCAGCACAUGAUCUUUAAUAACUUUGUUAAGGACCCAGUUAAGGCAAUUGAACAAGCUAUUAAGUCUGGCAAAACACAAUUCCACAACUUGAUUCAAAUAGUUUAUGAAAAUUUAGAGAUAAUAAACGCUGAAGAUAAGAAGAAAGAGUAUUCAGCAACGCAAUGGGCUAAAAUGAAAUAUGACAAACUCGUUGGUCAUGAAUCUGAAUAUAAAGAUUCUCUAAUCUCAACAUUAGUUAAUCUGAAGUUCAAAUCACUAAGAAACGUUGGAAUUAAACCUGUUAAUGUGGAUUUUGACAAGUUUAACCUCAUGUUGGACCAUGGAUUUAAAGAGUUUGGGGUUGAUGUAUCGGGUACUAACAUUAGAAAAGAGGAUUUUCUGAGAUUAUUUGAUAUCUUUGUUUGUAAUUCAAGGAAUAAUUCAAAUUAUGAGUUGGUUCCACUUGUGAUUGAGGAGGAAUGCAAUGACUCAACUGAGUUUGUAUAUCUUGUAAGUAACUUGAGGGCUAGGAAAUUCAAUAUCCCAGAAGCUUCAAAAACCAAUUUAGUUCGAAAAGCAAAGAAUAUUGUACCAGCUGUGUCUACAUGCGUUUCAAUCGCAUCUUCACUUUCACUCAUGGAACUAUACAAACUACCAAUUAUCAAAAAUAGUAGAUUAGGUCCUAAACAGGGUGGUAAAACUGGUAUACCAAGUUUACCAAUUACUUCCACAAACUCCGUAAAUGAAGUAGUCAUAAAUGAUAAAGUAAAAUUAAAUGUAGUUGUGAAUCAGAAUGAGAUUAACUUUUGUAAUGGCAAUAAAGUUGUUUUUACACUUUGUCCUUUCAACUAUUCUAAACUCAAGCAUCUGUGUGGUUUCUUCAAAAAUAUUUUCUUCAACACUGCAACAAUGAAAUAUGUUACAAACACAUGUGAACCUCCAAAAGUCUUUACAAUUGAUAAUAAAAACUCUAUCCUCGAUGGAUUAUCACUUUCAUACUGGGAUCACUUCACCAUACGGGAUCACAGAAAGUAUAGUGCUCCCAAUUCAACCAAUAUCAAACACACCAUAACAAAUAGUCUUAAUAUCUCAAAUAAGCCCAGUGUUCCUGAUUUGAGUGGUAAAUUUUUUCGAAAUGAGAUGAUUUACUUGUAUGAAUUGGUUGAUUUGCUUGAAUUUAUCUUUGACGUGAAGGUUGACGGGCUAACAUUUAAGAACGGGUACUUGAUUGUAGAUGAAAAGAACCGGUUCAAACCACUUCAAGACUUACUAAAUCAUCCCUCUGGUCAGUUAUUUUUACACAUUAUUGCAAGGGAUAAUAUUUCAAACAAGAUUAUAGAACUUCCAGAUAUUAAAUAUUCUCUAAUAUAAUAUACUAUACGC